AUGCAAAAUUCGGAUUCACAGAAAAGCAAUUCGAAGAAAUCUCCAUCAAUGUCACCAUACUUGGCAUCUCUUUCGGAGAUGCAAGUUCGCAAGAAGGUUUUGAGUCCGAUAGCAUUUCAUGCAGCAAGCGUUGCCUCGAAAUUGUUUGGAGGAACCAACUGCACUUUACAGGAAGUAUUGUCGUAUGUUGAGGAUGAAACUAGUAACAAGAACAAGAAUCAGGGAGGAAAACUGCAAGAAACUCAAGGAAAAGGAGGAGGACAAGGCGUCGUCAUAAAACAAGGAAUUCCUUUUGAAAAACCUCCAAAGCCUAAAACAGUGACUUUAAACCAAGUUCCUAGCGGUACCAAAAACAGCAACAGUAUUCACAUGAACAACCUAAAAUCAAAAUCGUCUACUUCAUCAGCAACAGAUCAUCUCAACUCAGCAUUUACCUCGUUGAGACAAGCAGAAAAAUCUUUUUCAUUUGCAGAAAUCAGGAGCAAUAACAAGCCACCAAAUUUUAUCAAAAACAUUGCUCGUACACCUCGACCGUCAUCUUCCCGAGCCAGCCUUGGGAGUGAGAUGAAACUUCCAACUGGGCGUAAAGGGUCAGAUCAAAGCAAAAAGUCAUCAGAAGAACCUGAACCAAUUCCAGUGACAAAGCUAAAGUCAAUCUUAAAGCUCUCUUCGUCGAGUAAUUUGGGCAUCAGCAAAGUCAGGCCAAAAACAGUUAACAAACUAAAGACAACCACCUUGAAUAAGUGUGACCUACAUAAUAAGAACAUUGGGGACAAUAUGGGUAUUUCCAAAGACGGAAUGUGCAAUAAGAAGGUGACAUUUCUUGAGAAAGUGGAGAUACAUCCUGUUCCCUAUGAAAGUCGAGGCAGUACAGAAUGGCAGUACAACUUGUUGCAGCAGAGAGAAAACGUCCUCAGGAACAUUUUUUCAGGACCUCGCCUCGGAUCUUUAAAUGACAGCUUUCUCUUCAGCAACUCAAGUUGGGGAGGACCACUGGAUAAUUGGGGAUUUGGGAUUACGCCGAACCGAAUUCGACGACCACCAAAGCCAUCGUAAUCAAUGCGUAAUCAUGACUCAGAGUAAUCCAGAGAAUGCUACUUAAUGGAUCGUACACAAUUAAUGUAAUGAUUAUUUCAUGAUUAUAUGCAAAUUAGAGUCGUCCUAUAUUGAAACUAAAUCGUUUAUUAGCUUAAUUGUAAUAAGAAACUAAUUAUUCGAAUAAAAUGUGGCAUGAUGGGUAAAACU